ACCAAAUUCUUUUGAAUGCAGAUUAGACAUGGCGAAGCUGUUGGGGUGAUCGGUCCUUCUGGGACUGGGAAAUCAACCAUUUUAAAGAUCAUGGCUGGACUUCUUGCUCCAGACAAGGGAGAAGUUUAUAUACGAGGAAAAAAACGAGCUGGUUUGAUAAGUGAUGAGGAAAUAUCAGGACUUCGUAUUGGCCUGGUGUUUCAGAGUGCAGCUCUCUUUGAUUCUCUAUCAGUUCGUGAAAAUGUUGGUUUUCUACUUUAUGAAAGAUCAAAAAUGCCGGAGAAUCAAAUAUCUGAGCUUGUGACACAAACCUUAGCAGCUGUUGGUUUGAAGGGUGUUGAGAAUCGAUUACCUUCUGAGCUAUCUGGUGGAAUGAAGAAAAGGGUUGCUUUAGCUCGUUCACUAAUUUUUGAUACAACAAAAGAGGUCAUAGAGCCAGAGGUGCUCUUGUACGAUGAGCCAACUGCUGGACUGGAUCCAAUUGCAUCAACUGUAGUUGAAGAUCUUAUACGGUCUGUUCACAUGACGGAUGAGGAUGCAGUUGGAAAACCUGGAAAAAUUGCGUCUUAUCUGGUUGUAACACAUCAACAUAGCACCAUUCAAAGAGCUGUAGACAGGUUAUUGUUUCUGUAUGAAGGAAAGAUCGUUUGGCAAGGAAUGACACAUGAAUUUACAACCUCAACAAAUCCAAUAGUUCAACAGUUUGCUACAGGCAGCCUCGAUGGACCAAUCAGAUACUAGGGGACGCAAUCUGAGACAAUUUGGGAUGAAGAAACGACGAGACACGGUUGGCACACAACAUAUGUCUGGAUUCUGGCAAAUAUAUAUACCUCUGGCUUCCCAUUAAGAUUUGGAAGAAACCGUCUGAGAGCAAUUAGUUCACAAGAAACUUCAGUUCCUCCCAAACAAAGCUUAGCCUACUUGUAAACACUCGUUAUUCUUAGAAGAGUAGAUCAGGGAAGCAUUGUAAGUCGUGAGAUUUCACUCUAUAAUGCAUAAAUGAGAAUUGGGUUUUUAUCUA